AAUGGAUUGCUGUUGUCGCCGACAGAAACCUUUUGCACACUCGGCAGGACAGAGGCAUACUGAUUGGCUGGAGAUUGUUAGGCCGGCCCGUGAAGUGUUGCGGGACGCACAGGUGAUGUGGAGCUGGUAGGUUUGAGAACGCGCUCAGGCGCGCGCUCGCCGGCGAUGAGUAGCAGAACGCCGAAAGCGCUCCAGUCACGGCGCAGGCGCAAGAGCAGAAUGCCGCUAAGAGAGACCCAUAACCUCCAGGAGUAGAGAUAGCCAGAAAAGCAGCGAGAGAACGCCGAAAAGUAAAGUUGACACUCACCGCGACAGUGUGGUGUCAAGUGAAAGAGGCCCUUGACAGACAGAGGCUGAAAGAAGCGGCCCCGGAGGGCAGAAAGCAGCAGAAAUAAAGCUCAGAAAGCGGAGCAAACAAGCAAGCAAGUGACAGUACUCACGUGAUCCAGAGAGGGGAAUGGGAAGUCGCGCUAAGCGAGAUUCAAUUUCCCUGCAGUUUUCUUCACGUACGUCAGUUUCCCAAAAAUGAGAUCACAUUUUUCCGUUGGCCGAAUGAUAUUUUGUUCGAUGAGAUACAGAAUGCAACAAAUGUGUUGCAUCACAGAACAAUACACAGCGGUUUUUACGUAAAUAUCGAGGAUCUUAGCCUUGAGAUUAACGAAGUAUGCCAAGAUUCACAUUUUGAUUUCAAAAUACAAAAGAACAUUACCAGCAUUUCGGAAUUAUUGACUAAAAUGCGGACAUCAAUACCCGCAGAAUUUGUUCGUAAACCAAGGGAAUUGCAUUACCUAAGCUUAUGGAAAGCUACAGAAUUGAGGCAAUUUCUGUUAUAUAUUGGCCCAAUUAUUUUAAAGAAUUACAUAACUAAAGAUAUUUACAAGAAUUUUUUAACGCUGCAUGUGGCUAUUCGGCUAUUGUGUUCUUCAGAUCUUUCGCAUGUUACUUAUGCCGAAUCUUUACUACAACACUUUGUUCAAUCAUUUAAAUCUUAUAUGGACCAAAGCACAUUUCUCAUAAUAUACAUGCACUAACUCAUCUAACAGAUGAUGUUAAAAAAUUUGGCACAUUAGAUACGUUCAGCGCUUUUCGAUAUGAAAAUUAUUUAAAACAAAUAAAAGAAUUUUUUAGGAAAGCUGAACGUCCAUUGCAACAAAUCCACAACCGUUUAACUGAAUUAAAACAUUGCUUAUCGUUUGAAAAAGAGGUGUAUAUGGAGUACACAAUGCGGGCCCAAUUUUGCCUGGAAUAAAUAGUCCUCAAUAUUCAAAAUUUAUAACAGCAGAUUUCACUUUAUCUAUUCAAAAUCCAAAUAAUUGUUGUAGUUUAAAUGAUGGUUCGAUUAUUGUCAUAGAGAACAUUGGUACCACGACUGCCAAUGAACUUUAUAUUAUUGGUCGAAAAUUCAUUGGUUUGAGUAACUUGUAUACUGAACCGUGUAAUUCAUCCUUGUUGGGAAUAUAUGAGUCGAAAGAAUGUGGACAUUUAUCGGCCUGGCCUCUAACGUUUGUUAAAACAAAAUAUGUCAAAUUUAAAUGUAAUGAUGUAUUCAUACUUGUACCAUUGUUGCAUACAGAAUAUUUUAGUAUUAGAGAUGGCUCUUAAUACACAUACAUUCCAUCUGGUAGAAUUUCUUGAUGGGUUACAAAUUGUACCGGAAAAUUGGAUACAAAAUGUUAAAAAUAAAUGUUGGUAUCCAAAUUAUAAAACAGACAAGGAAAUAAAUAAAGCAAUUAAAAAACGACAAACACAUCAAGAUGAUUGGCUAUCAUGUCCAAUUAAACGAGUUUUUGGUAUAUAUGAGUCCUACAGUGAAGCACGGAGUAAACUUAAAAAGGCUGAAAUAAUUUCUGAUAUUAAUACAGAUACUGACGAAAAAACACAAAGAAAAAUCAAAGCUAAAAGAACAAUUAAUAACGAUGAUGAUAAUGAAAGCGGUGGCGAUGAUAGUGAUUAUGAAACUUGCUUACCACCAUAUCCAAAACCACCUAUAAAUACAAAUAAAAAAAAUGUACAGAAAGAAAAGGACUCAAAUAAUCAAAACAUAAAUAACCAAUCCUCAAAAACUUCAUCUUAUAAAUUAAUAUAUUCUUCUAUUGAACAGAGAAGAUGCCAUGAUGUUGAUUUAUCUGAUCAAGAAGUAACAGAUAAUACUUCCAAGAAUUGUUCUGUUUCUGCAAAAAGUUCUUUAAAUAGUAUAGGCAGAGGUACAGAGCCAAAAGAUGAAUAUAAUGCAAUAAAAUUUUCACUUCAACGUAUUGAAAGAUCAUUGGCAGACAUAAAAUUUGACCUUCAUCAUCUAACUGAGCAAUUUGAAAUUACAAGAAAUAACUUAAACUCAAAUGUUAAUCAGUCACGAGAACGUUGCCCUAUGCCAAAUAACACAUUGAGUAAAAUGUCCUUUCCUCUGAAAACUGUCGAAGAAAUCGAAUUGUUACAAUUUAUUCUUACAUCAAACGAAGAAGGAAUAAAAGAGAGUAUCUUUAACAUGUUGGCAGCUAUUGGUGGAAGUAGCUAUGAAGAAAUGUCGAAAAGAAUGUUUAUCUAUGUUUUUACAAAUGAAGCAGCCAGUGCAUAUAGUUGGGUGGGAGGAAAAGGAAAACGAAAACUUUAUCACUUUGAAUUAAUGAAAAUAAUGUUAAGUAAAUAAAAGUAUUUUAUAAUA